AUGUCAGAUCUGACAGGGGGAUACCCGCCCGGUACCAUUGCUGCAUCUGGUCGGACGCAAAAUGGAGGAGCGACUCGUGCCACUGCCGCUGCCGGUACUGGGCCUAUCCCUGCAGAACCACCGCGAUAUCGUACUCCAACAGAUGUCAUGCGAGAACGGCGAGCACGGGAAGCUCGUAAAGCCGAGGAGGCAGCCGCCAGACUACGUCAAGAGGAGGAGAGGAGAUUAAGGCAAGAGGAACAAGUUGUUGGCGUUGGGGACGAUCCAACGCGAAGGGUGUCCGCUAAGCCGGCGGCACAGUCUACUCAGGCCUACAAUAUUGGUGGACCAUCGACUCAAGUACCGAGUUCUUCGGCUCGGCGACAGGAAAAUGUCCCUCCAACACAGACCGGUGCCUCCAGACAAAGUGCCACGUACGCUAGACCUGUUCAGAGUGGUGGAAGGGGCACAACUCUCUCUGCAGCAACACAGCGAAAUCGUACCGAAGCUUAUGAGCAACUGAAUAUUCCUGCCAUCGCUAAGCCUACAGGUCAGCCGGAGCAGAUACCGCGAGCUACCCAACAAAAUCAACCACCUCCACAGCCGAGCGGCCAGCCUAGCCAGCCAGGCGAGCAGCUGCCUGGAGCCGGAGGAAGGAGAGGGUUUCCGAGCGCCUUCGAGAGGUGGGAGGACUUGUCUUCACAUUGGGAAGGGAUUGUCUCAUCUUUUAUCCAUCGAUUGCAGAAUAAUGCCGACGAAUUAGCUGGCAAGCCGUUGGAAAGACAGAUGGCUCGGCAGAUCGAAGAUCUGUCUGCUGCGGGCGCAAAUCUGUUCCACGCUGUUGUCGAGCUCCAACGACUUCGUGCAUCUUCCGAGCGGAAAUUCCAGCGAUGGUUCUUCGAAACGAGGCACGAGCAAGAGCAGGCCCAAGAACGACAAGCGGAGCUCGAACGUCAACUUCGAGCGGAGCGAGAAGCACGGACGCAAAGCUCCGCAUCGAUCGACGCGGUCCGUGCGGAAAAGGCCCGUGCCGGCGAAUUGGUCAAAGAGAUGAGAAGAGAACUACAGAUCAGUAAAGAGGAAGCUCGGCGUGCCUGGGAAGAAUUGGGGAGAAGAGAACAAGAGGAGCGGGAGAGGACGAUAUCACUGCGAAGCGGAGAACCCACCCUCAUUGGAGGAGUACAAGUGGUGCCGAUGCAAGGACUUGUAAGUCGGCAAGUAAGCUCAGCGCAGCGACCACAGACCAGAACUGGACCUGCUGCUGGUGCAGGGCCGACUGUCUUGUCCGGUCAGGAACCACAACAGCAGCAGCAGAUGCACGGUUCGCAGCAACCUCCCUCUCGAAGUCAGACGACCACAACAUCUCUCGACUCUCCUGGCGAGGAAAGUCGACAGUUCAGCUACCAGCCUGACACAGCACAUUCCCCUACAAUCACGGAUCCGUUCACUGAUACCUCUCGUGCACGCGACCUACAAUCCCCCCAUCUUCGGCAUGAACCAGAUACCCAAUUCUACGCGACCUCCCCGCGGCAUACACAGCCUCACACCAGUGCUGCUGCGAUUGCAGCUGCGCGCGCCGCUACCGUAACGGCAGGGGCUGGUCCGUCGCCCGGCCGAGGUCCGAGUGAGCCGCGCUUCCACCCACAAGCAACCCCUGGCGGGCUGCCGGUCCCGAUGCGUUCAGGCACUGGAGACACAGAACAGUCAUACAUCGCCUCGACGGCGUCGGGGUUCUCCGAAGAGGAAUACCAUAUCAACCCCGACGGUAGCUACCGACUCGACGAGCGCGGUCGACGGAUCCCGUAUCGGCAGCCGGUCGCGCCGACUCGACCGGCGAGACCUAUCGAACCAGAGGGCGAAGAAGAAGACAUCAGUGACGACGAGCGAGGGGAGCAAGAAAUAGGCGAAGUCGAACUCUCCGACGACGAUGACCAUACCGCCGACGUUGAACGUGAGAGAAUGUAUUCUGCACAGUACAGACAGGGCCAGCCUCAACAACAGCCGUCUCGAGCGACCGCCGCGUCGUCAGGCAUACCGCGAACCACGUCAGGCGCUUUGCCUACCAUCCCGCAGGGCCAGCCAGUUGCCGAGUACGAGGAAGGCGAUAUCUACGAAUCCCCUACCGUCACACAAGCCACUGCAAACUGGGAGAAUAUCCGCCACCGCCAUCCCACCCGACUGAGCGACAUUAUUGAAGAGCAGACUGCUCACACGAGCCCCAGCCGAGCCAGCCAUGUCAGUGCCAGUGGCGCCGGCGGUUCCCUCUCCUCCGGACAGCGAUGA